AUGUCCCCUCCAUGGCACGGCCUGGAUAUCACUUGGAUGGUCAGGUCUAGAGGCCGGAGCAAAAUUCCAGUAACUGGACUCAAAUCACUAAGAAGCCAACUCGGACGGGCACACUUAUCUCUCUAAUUUCCUUUUGAAACUCAAACAAGACUUUUUUUGACUAAGACGGGACUGCCUAGGUGGAGUUUGGACACUGACGCUGUAUAGUCGUAAGGUAGCGUGCGCCAUCGAGAGACGCGAGCAUAACGAGAACAAACUGUUGGAGACCAACGCAAGAGAAUUCGAGAGCAACCUCACGGUAGUCAUUUGCAUAUCCAUUCUUCACCUUCUCCUCUCCUCCAGCGUUGGCUGGCUCGUAGAGUUUGAAGUCUAUAAAGGAAAACGAUAGUUACAUCCCUCCCGAUUCAACCUCAAUAUGUCUCUCCUCCCAUUCUCUUUUCCCCAGAGCUCUCUCUUCGAGUACAUCGAUCUGGUCGUAGCCGCUACCAGUCUUGUGAUCGACACGUUCUAAGACCUUCAAGGCAAUAUUCUUUCAACGUUUCAACAUGGUUCUUUUCCGUAAGUUAAUGCGGAGUCCAUCCCCGAUGGCUGGGUUGGUACGCCUUGAUGAGAGGUUUUGAUGGGUUCCCUGUUUGUUCAGGUGAUCCACAGGGAUGGACGUAAAUGAUCUCCGAGUUGUACUUCGUACCUCCCUCGCUCUAGAUCUAUCGCAGAUGUAUGAGCAAGAGAAGACUUCGACGAUCUCUGAGCUCCCUCGCUCCCUUACUGCCCCGAGCUACUGCCAAAAUAUGGGACUGGAAGAAAUGAGGAGGGUAAGAAAUCUGCGGGCCUUUCUACGGUGGUUUUCUUGUGGCCCUUUAUUGUCAAUUACUAAACUUAUGCUUGGUCAUCAUACUAACUUUCUCUUGUCCACAGGGGCAAUCACUCUUGAAAUUUUCUUCCUUCAACUUCAGUUUAAACUACAGUCAUGAGAUUUGACUUGUAGGAGUAUCUCUUUUUGAUGCUAAGAAUUUCUUUUUUGUCACAUUUCCAUCUUCAACCAUAACAUCAUAAUUUUUGAGUUCACAUCAUGGUACAUAUUAAAAACAGUCUUCAUAUGCUGCUGGGAUGAUGGCCUUUUGUGGCUUCAUUGCUAAUUUCAGCUGCUUUUGUAGAUUAUCUCACAGGUAGAAAAAAUAGUACACAAUUACUUACAAACUUGGAAUUAUACUCGUUUUGAUGAAAAUAAAGUGGUCUAAUGUACAUAAGCAACUUUUACGAAGAACAACUGGGAAAGGAAUGCUUGGUAAUCUUUCGUCUGUGAGGUGAGUGGGAUGAGAGAGUUACUGAGAGAGAAGGCUGCAGUAUCUCUAUCGGUGCAACAGUGUGGUCCUUUAUCAUGUGCGAAUGUCGAGAAGAAGGCAAGGAGAUGGUUUACGGGGAGGACCACCCCAGUCCCCACAACAGUCUUUUCGUUCGCAGAAGUAUCAGAAGACAUCUACGUCAAUAGGACGCUUUGGCUUACUGAAUUAAAGGGUACUCUUUAUUUUCUCUUUGAAAACGAUUGGCCCGUUGGCGUAGCGAUAGCCCCAUCCGUCAAUCUUGCGCCAAUUUGCUCUUGUGGUAGGCCAUGCAAAUGGGAUGAGUGCUUCUCGAGAGAUAGGAAAAUCCCCUUAAUCAGUAGGGUUGGGUAAACGGCUCUCUGGUUAGCAUCAUCUGAAAACUUUGGAAGGUUUUCUCUCAUUUGGGCAUCAGGAGAUUGACGGUCAACUUCAAGAAAGGGGGGAAGUAUGACUAUAGCUUUAAGUCACUCUCACUUUUUUCUCUCGAAUUGGCCUAAAAUGCAUCUUAAACUUUUCUGAUUUCGGUUAAUCUCCCUAAAGUUUGGCGUCAUCUAUGUACUUCCAACUUGUACGGCUCCUCUUGUCCGUCACAAACAUUAUCCAUUUCAAAUGGUGAACUCCGCGCAUUAAUCGAAACUUGCUGCAUCUUACAUAUCUCGGCUAUUAUGUCCUCAAACCGCAGAUAUUAUGUCGGGGACAAGAAUGGAUACGAGAAGUCGCGCUCCACGUCGAAAGUACAUGUUUCGUGAUCGACAACUAUCUCCCGUAA